GGGGCAGAGCCGGCUCCAGAGGCGCGGCGGCCGCGGGAGGAGCAGGCGCGGAGUAUCGAGCGCAGGCCGCGCCGGCCCGACGGGGAGCAGCGACGGGCGCGGGCCGCCUUCCGAGCCGCCUGCGCGCGGGCCGAGUCCCUUGCCGCCGGCGGCGGGGCAUGAGCGCGGAGGGGCCGCGGGUUCCCCCCGCGCCGCCCAGGCCGUGACCGGGCGGGGCGGCUGCGCUAGCGCCCGCAGCCCAGGGGCUCGCGGAGCCGGGAGCGACAACCAUGGACUGCAGCCUAUUGAGGACGCUCGUGCGCAGAUACUGUGCAGGGGAAGAGAACUGGGUGGACAGUCGGACCAUCUACGUGGGACACAAGGAGCCCCCUCCAGGUGCAGAGGCCUACAUUCCACAGAGAUACCCGGACAAUAGAAUCGUCUCCUCCAAGUACACCUUCUGGAACUUCAUACCCAAGAACUUAUUUGAACAAUUCAGAAGAAUAGCCAACUUUUAUUUUCUCAUCAUCUUCCUGGUACAGCUGAUCAUCGACACACCCACAAGUCCAGUGACAAGCGGGCUCCCACUCUUCUUCGUCAUCACUGUCACAGCCAUCAAGCAGGGUUAUGAAGACUGGCUUCGACACAAGGCGGACAGUGCCAUGAACCAGUGUCCCGUGCACUUCAUUCAGCAUGGCAAGCUGGUGCGGAAGCAGAGUCGGAAGCUGAGGGUUGGGGAUAUUGUCAUGGUGAAGGAAGAUGAGACCUUUCCCUGUGACCUGAUCUUUCUCUCCAGCAACCGGGCAGACGGGACAUGCCACGUCACCACAGCCAGCCUAGACGGAGAGUCGAGCCAUAAAACUCACUACGCAGUGCAGGAUACCAAGGGCUUCCACACAGAGGCGGAUGUUGACAGCCUGCACGCCACCAUCGAGUGUGAACAGCCCCAGCCCGACCUCUACAGGUUUGUGGGGCGCAUCAAUGUUUACAACGACCUCAACGACCCUGUAGUGAGGCCACUGGGAUCAGAAAACCUGCUGCUCAGAGGAGCCACACUCAAAAACACUGAGAAGAUCUUUGGUGUGGCUAUCUACACAGGCAUGGAGACCAAGAUGGCCCUGAACUACCAAUCCAAGUCCCAAAAGAGAUCUGCUGUGGAAAAGUCGAUGAACACAUUCCUGAUCGUGUACCUCUGCAUCCUGGUAAGCAAGGCCCUGAUCAACACGGUGCUGAAGUACGUGUGGCAGAGUGAGCCCUUCCGAGAUGAGCCAUGGUACAACCAGAAGACGGAGUCAGAGCGCCAGAGGAAUCUGUUCCUCAGGGCCUUCACUGACUUCCUGGCCUUCAUGGUCCUCUUCAAUUACAUCAUCCCAGUAUCCAUGUACGUCACCGUGGAGAUGCAGAAGUUCCUCGGCUCCUACUUCAUCACCUGGGAUGAAGACAUGUUUGAUGAGGAAAUGGGGGAAGGGCCUCUGGUCAACACAUCUGAUCUCAACGAGGAGUUGGGACAGGUAGAGUACAUCUUCACUGACAAGACCGGCACCCUUACAGAGAACAACAUGGCCUUUAAGGAGUGCUGCAUCGAGGGCCACAUCUACGUACCCCAUGUCAUCUGCAACGGGCAGGUCCUUCCUGACUCUUCUGGCAUUGACAUGAUCGAUUCUUCUCCAGGUGUCAGUGGAAGGGAACGGGAAGAGCUGUUUUUUAGGGCUAUCUGCCUGUGCCACACUGUCCAAGUGAAAGAAGACCAUUGUGGGGAUGAUGUCGAUGGUCCCCAGAAAUCUCCAGAUGCAAAGUCCUGUGUGUACAUAUCGUCCUCGCCUGAUGAGGUUGCACUGGUCGAAGGUAUGCAGAGGCUUGGAUUCACAUACCUGAGACUGAAGGACAAUUACAUGGAAAUACUGAACAGGGAGAACGACAUAGAGAGAUUUGAAUUGCUAGAAGUUCUGACUUUUGACUCUGUGAGGAGAAGAAUGAGCGUGAUUGUAAAAUCUACUACAGGAGAAAUUUACCUGUUCUGCAAAGGAGCGGACUCUUCAAUCUUUCCCAGAGUGAUAGAAGGCAAAGUGGACCAGGUCCGGUCCAGAGUGGAACGCAAUGCGGUGGAAGGGUUGCGAACCCUGUGUGUUGCCUAUAAGAGGCUCGAGCCAGGGCAAUAUGAAGAUGCUUGCCGACUGCUACAGGAUGCCAAAGUGGCACUUCAGGAUCGGGAGAAGAAGCUAGCAGAAGCCUACGAGCAGAUAGAGAAGGACCUCAUUCUGCUUGGUGCUACAGCUGUUGAGGACCGGCUCCAGGAGAAAGCCGCUGACACAAUUGAGGCACUGCAGAAGGCAGGCAUCAAGGUCUGGGUGCUCACCGGGGACAAGAUGGAGACAGCCUCGGCCACCUGCUAUGCCUGCAAGCUGUUCCGCAGGAGCACGCAGCUGCUGGAGCUGACCACCAAAAAGCUAGAGGAGCAGAGCCUGCAUGACGUGCUCUUCGAGCUCAGCAAGACAGUGCUGCGCUGCAGUGGAAGCCUGACCAGGGACUCCUUCUCAGGCCUCUCCACAGAUAUGCACGACUAUGGUUUAAUCAUCGAUGGAGCCGCACUGUCCUUGAUAAUGAAGCCGAGAGAGGAUGGGAGCUCCUCAGGCAACUACAGAGAGCUCUUCCUGGAAAUCUGCAGGAACUGCAGUGCCGUGCUGUGCUGCCGGAUGGCGCCCCUGCAGAAGGCCCAGAUCGUUAAGUUAAUCAAAUUUUCAAAGGAGCAUCCUAUUACCUUGGCGAUUGGUGACGGUGCAAAUGACGUCAGCAUGAUCCUGGAGGCCCACGUGGGCAUAGGCGUCAUUGGGAAAGAGGGCCGCCAGGCUGCAAGGAACAGCGACUAUGCAAUCCCCAAGUUCAAACACUUGAAGAAGAUGCUUCUCGUUCAUGGGCAUUUUUAUUAUAUCAGGAUAUCUGAGCUUGUGCAAUACUUCUUUUAUAAGAAUGUCUGCUUCAUUUUCCCUCAGUUUUUGUACCAGUUCUUCUGCGGAUUUUCACAGCAGACUUUGUAUGAUACUGCGUAUCUGACGCUCUACAACAUCAGCUUCACUUCCCUCCCGAUUCUCCUGUACAGCCUCAUGGAGCAGCACGUGGGCAUUGACGUGCUCAAGAGAGACCCGUCCCUCUACAGAGACAUUGCCAAGAACGCGCUGCUGCGCUGGCGGCUGUUCAUAUACUGGACGUUUCUCGGCGUUUUUGACGCUUUGGUAUUUUUCUUUGGUGCUUAUUUCAUGUUUGAGAACACAACCGUGACCAUCAAUGGACAGAUGUUUGGGAACUGGACCUUUGGGACUUUGGUGUUCACUGUGAUGGUGUUCACUGUCACACUGAAGCUCGCACUGGACACGCAUUACUGGACUUGGAUAAACCACUUUGUCAUCUGGGGGUCGCUGCUGUUCUACAUCGUCUUCUCCCUGCUCUGGGGAGGGAUUAUCUGGCCGUUCCUCAGCUACCAGCGGAUGUACUAUGUGUUCAUAUACAUGCUGUCCAGCGGGCCUGCCUGGUUGGGCAUCAUAUUGCUUGUCACAGUCGGCCUCCUCCCUGAUGUCCUCAAGAAGGUCCUGUGCAGGCAGUUGUGGCCCACGGCAACGGAGAGAACUCAGCAGAGCGCCAGACUCAAAGCAUUGGCCGAUGCCACUCCGAACACCGACAGGCCCCUGCUGAAGGACUUCUUACCGCAGCCAAGACGUGUCUAGCCCCACGCUAGACUGUACAGCUCCGGGACAGCAUUUCAGAAUUCACCCCUCUGGCCUCUCUGCAGAGCCGGGGUGCUCAGGGCACCAGACUCUUGGCUGCCCAAUGCAGCUCCCCCUCUGGGAGAGUUGUAUGCUCCAGGUGGGAGAGCGAAGAGUAUCCUGUGCUCCCUACUCACCCAGGCCUUCCCCACAAGGCGAGGUAUGGGUGCUGUAGGCCCAGCCUGGAGACACCCACUUGAUGGACAGACAACCCCUCUGUCCCCACCUCUGAAAGAGCUCUGUUCCUGGGCACCUGCGUGUGCCUGCGCCUGUCCCACCCUUCAUCCUCAGGGAGGGGAGGGUGGGGUCACAGGUUGCCCACUUAAGCACAGCACACUGCAAUCUGGACCGUGUGUGACCUAGACCUGGUGACCGUACGUCCGUAUGUCCAGUUGGGCUGUGGACAAGGACAUUAUGCUUGGCCUCAUCUUAAGCCUUGCCAGCCUGAGCAUCCACCCUGCUGCUGCUGCUGCUGCUGCUGCUGCUGCUGCUGCUGCUGCUGCUGCUGUCACUUCUGCUGUCUCUUGAGAAGAAGACCCUAUCCCUUCGUCUGCAGCCCUGUGCACAGCACAUGGCGUUCAGCUCACACUAUAUCCCGAUGUUCCCAACCCAGUGUUUCCUGUGUAAACCAUGCACACUUCCCACCGGGGAAGUGGCUGUGUCAGACACUAAGUGGUGUGUCUCCUGGACCUGUGGCCUCGCUGUGCUUACGUUCACUGUCCCCUCACAAAGCCGUCUUUCUAGAUCAUGUCUGAGUCAGUUUGCUGAGAUGCUGACCCUACACAUGGGAGCUUUUGAAGAUGUCAGCCUCCCCUUCCUGUCACCGCUUGCCUGUGGAAGAUGACAUUUAUUUAUGUGAAUAAGUCACGCGGUUAGCCAAGUCUCUCAGGAGUGUAGUGAUUUCCGUCCCAUUCUGGAAUUAUGUCAGUUACCUAUUGGAAAACAUUUGUUUCAUGGGUGCUGGGAAAGGUGGAGGUUUGGGGGUGCCUAGGCAGGCAGGUAUUUAUCUCGCCCAGAGGUGAGUCCCGAUAACCAAGCUGUCUGGGGCUACUGUGGAUUCGUUUGUUCUAGUCUGCUGCUCAGCCUGCCUCCCACUGGUGUCACGCAAGUUCCAUCCAGGGCUUCACCUGGAGCCGACAGGCCGUCAGGAGGCCACUGUACUCUGUGGCCACUGUGAAUCUCUGCUGCUGCCCGCACUGGCGGUUCUGUUCUCAGCAAAGCACCCAACAGCGCUAUAACGGGCCUGACUCAAGAUGUUUUAGUGUGAUGUGGCCUUUCAGAAAGUGCCAGGCAGAGCCUGGGAGCAGUGUCCCCACUCCUGUGGAGUCAUGUGGUGGGCCUGGAGCCAUCAUGAGGGUCUCUGGCACUUGAGAGCCUGUGUUCUGGGAAGCACAAAUUUUAUACCAUGAUUAUACAAGGUUUCCCUGUAAACCGUGUGCUUGAACUGGGGACCAGCCAGCAGUAGGAACAGUUGUUGCACCUGGCAGUUGAGGGAGGUUGGGGGAACAUAAACGCCACACCAAAGAUGGGGAGGGGGUGGCCUUGAGCUUCGACCAGACAGAGGGCGUCCAGCUCCGCUGAGGGCUGUCUGUGCCUCCACACCCUCAUGCCCGUUCACCCACCUGUCACCGUGUGUCAGAGGCCUGGAGCCCCGGUCCUCAGUAGCCCUUAGUGUGUGUGUUUUUACAGACCUUUUAAGAACCCAGAUGGGUUCAAAUAUAAUACCUGUGGGGAGGGGCGGAUUCUCUCUGUGUUUAGUUAACAAAUUAUUUGUAAUGUAUUUUUUUAGGGAUCUUAAAAUUACCUUUGCACUAAAGUAUUUUCAUAGCUGUUUCUAUAUCUUACUCAUUCGUUGAUGUACCUUCUGAUUUUUAAAUAUUUUUAAAGCUUUCACAUUUUAAGUUGAAGAGUUUUGGCCACUGUAAAUGCUGGUGAGUGUUUCAGCAGAAUGUUUCCUCUCUGGCAGGGACCUCCCUGAUUCCCCUGUGUGCCUCUCUCUCUCUCAGUUUCCAGAGACUGACGAGCUGAGGCGAGCUGAGGGCGAACCGUUCCUCUGCUUGCUUCACCGCAGUUCUUUGUCACUUCAUGGUUUCUAUUUUGUUUUUAUCUUCAUCCUUCAGCCUUAAACAAUGUUCUUCGUUCAGGCUCUUCAUGCGGCCCUCGCUGGGUGUGGGGGACACUCUCCUGCACCACCCCCCAGUAGCUGAAGUUUACAUAGGAACAUCCCAGACUGUGUGCACACUCCAGUGUCCUGUAAAAUUGUGCUUAGGAAAUUACCUAAUGAAGUUGCCUGGGACUUUGAAAUAGACCUGGGCACCGGUGAAACACAGAGACAGAGACCAAACACACAUGCGGAAGAUCGUCCCCUCACCUCACAGUGGCUACUGUUUACUUUUCUUAAAGCAAGGAACGUCAACUCAAAUUAAGCGUCUUUUUCUUAACUCUGUUGCAUAAAUGAGCAUCCGUGGCUUACUACAUUGGCCGGAAUUCAUGGCUCUGCCCCCUAUGAGCAAUUCAUCUCACAUACGUUCAAGGAGCCCUGGCUUCACGUGUUCUCUUUCUUUCUGCUCCACACACACUCGUGCCAUGUACACGCGUGUAUACCCGUAUACACAUGUGCAUACACAAACACACAUGUGCAUUCUUCUUCAAGACCAUGUACCAGCCUGCCCUCUGACAGCCCUGUGCAGAGAUGUUGCCCUCUGGACUGUCAGGCUCCUUACACACACACACACACACACACACACACACACACACACACGAAGAGUGCUUGGGCUGUGCUCACAUGUGGGCUGUGUAAGAGCUGUGCUGGACUGAGCGCUCCCCUCCCAGUCAGGACCUCCCCUUGCUGCCUCAGUCCAGCAAGCAGGAUUCAGGCUAACGAAAGCUGCAUACCAUCCUGAGUACAGGUGCCUGCCCCUGCCACACACUAGCUAGGAAAGCCUGUCCCCAAAUCCCAGCGAUCCAUUCCUGAGUACAAGCAGACCAAAGGCCCCACCCAGGGGGAUGGCGCAGCCAAAGCUAGAACAAGGUAACCGAGUGUUCAUCUGAGCACAUUUCCCAGGGUCAGUGGCUGAAAGUCGUGAGUGCCAUUGUGGCCACCCAGGUUGUUAAGCAUCACCCAGGUGUCUGGUGUCUGGAGGAAGCUCCAGCCUGGGUCUCUGAACCCCCAAGUUCAAGGCAUAUCUGCACCGACUGGUACUGGACCCACCCAUCCACACGUCACCUUAGUGUCACUUAUUGGCAACGCCAUAGAACAGCGGGCCCUUGCAUUCUACAUUUCUUUUGGAAGUUACCCAUUCAUGAGUAAAAACAGGAAAAUGUCACUUGGUGAAUGCAAUCUUUUUGUUUUAAAACCUAGAAGACGGGUGAAUGGGAAGGGGAGUGGUUCUGAUACUGUGUCUGAACAAAGCUUUAAUGAAGAUAUGUAUGUUGGAAGUAUUAUGAAAGUGUGAUUCUAAUUUUGCAGAAAAAUGUCUAUCAAUUUAUAUAGCUUUAUUUUUUACCUUAUCAAGAGAUACAGAAUUUUAAUAUGCAUAUAUUGUCUGACUUAGAAUCAUGUGUGUCUGCAUUACCACUUAAAAUGUUCAUCUAGUAUGUAAUGUAUGAAUAAGAGAGAAUCGGAGAUGUAUUUAACAUGAAUGGUUAUCUGUAGCUGUCGUUAUAAGUACUGGGAUUUAUUUUAAAUUAUCAAAUAUAGCAAGCACAUUAAACGUCAUUCUCCAACACUAAUGUUUAACUGAGAGCCCAGUAACCUGCUUUGAAAAAUUAAAUUGUGAAUUAAACCAGAUCAGACAUCUCA